AUGGCGUGUGUAACUGUUAUUGUGUUUUUGGCGUUUUUAGUCCACAUAGUAGGAGUCUUAACCCCGGGGUGGAUGAGAACCGUUCAAGAUGACAGUUCUACCGGGGAGUAUAAUAGUACCAAUGCUGGUCUUUUUUAUGUUAUGAGAUGCACAAACGAAGGGUGCAUAACUAAAACUAUAUAUGAAGAUUCUCCUAGUCUUGCUUAUCAGGGUGAUGCUUUAUACCCCAGAAAAGUGGCCAAUGAAUUCCACGCCAGUCUUGCUGUUCUGUUGAACCUUUUAGGAUUGUUCUCCACACAAUGUGCGGCUAGAAAAAACAAGGGAACAGCUAAGAUGGCACUGAUAUCUAUUGUACUACAGGCUUAUUCGUUUUUUGUAACAUUCGGUUUUAUUGUGGACUACAUUGUGAUAUACAUCCUAGCGAAGAGACACGAGUCUGGAUAUACGUUCGCCACAUGCAGAACACAGACGCCAUAUUCCUUGAUCAUUACGGGAGUGGCCUUAUUUAUGCAAGCCUCUGUCAUUACAUACUUUCUUGCAAAGUUACGCCGUUUGCUGGAUGAGAUGUUAUUGAACAACGAAGCUCCACCUCCGUAUCAUCUUUUGAGAAAUGAUGGGGGUGGCCAUCAACAUAACUAUGGGACUUCUAACGAAACCCAACACCCGGCUCCUAAUGCUCCUACAGAUUAUCCUAGGAACAACAAUCCGUUUGAAGACAAUUCCAAUCAGCGAUUUAGUAACGAAAGCAAUGCCUGAUUCUUUCUAUAUAUUAUAGCACUGAAUUUGAAUUCAAUAAGAAUACUUCUUCCAUCUGACCGGAUAUCAUUACAUCUUAUUACAUAAGAUGUUAUUUCUCUUUGAUUCUUCCGAAAGACAUUUACUCUAACAAAAGUAAAUACUUUGAUACAUUGAUUAACUAUGAAACUUUACUCGAGAACUUUAAGAUUUAGGGAAAGAGUUGCUCACCAAUGAUAUAAAAUAAAAUAAAAUACAACAGUGAGUGAUGGGGUAAUCAUAAUUACUAAUCGUAAUCAGCUGUAAUCGAUUACAAUUUGCUGUGUAAUCAUGAUUAUCAGUAACCAAUUCUCUGAUUACAAGUAAUUGUAACAUAAUCGAUUACCCUGAAAAGUCUUGUAAUCAUGAUUACAUUUUGAUUACUUUAUCAUUACAAUGGUAAAAAAGAAGUGCAUAAAAUCAUAUUCAU